AUGCAAUCCUGCCAUCCCGCAGCCUGCAUUGAUUGCCCGUCAACGAGACCCAAUCCACUUUGCCCUGGCAUCGACGCCACGUCAAGGUCACGUCUGCUGCCACGGAUCUCCCUGACAGCUCACGAUCUGGAAGGCGAAGAGGAGGCUGUGGGACAGCAGCACCGACCAGGAUGCGCUUACUCGCCUCUCCCCGCCCCUUCUUCGGCCCAUUCAUGCCCAUCCACUCCCCGCUCGAGACGCAGAUGGGCCGCAGAUGGGCCCCCAGUGCACUGGAAACCCUCCAUUCGACCUCCUCAAUCGCCCCCGUCGCCCACAUCUCCCCAAUCCAUGUUCCUUACGGUCACGGCUACGUGCAUGUUUGGACUUUUGCCGGGGCAAUCUCCAGCCCGACUGUUUGACGGAAGCAAACCUGCAGAAACAAAGCCCUGCGCGAAAGAUGCUGCCUCCCCCGACCCUCGUCGCGGGAGUCGAGUUGUUCCGCCGCGCAUCGCAAGUCGCAAAACAACUGUCACCAAAUCGCGAGAAGUUCCCGCCAAAUCGCAAGUCGGGGAGGCCCUGAUCGUCCCCCCGGUGCUGUCGGUCAUUCUAGGUGUCGGUCCCCAAAUGUUCUCCCUAUAG